AUGUUCAAACUGCAGGGAAUGCUACAACAUCAAGUUAAUAUGUAUGAUACUGCACAUGGUCUCGAUAAGUAUUGUCUUCUGUAUUACGUUCGUAAGGAUAUCGUGGAUUACGAAGAACCGUUUAUACUGACACAUCAGAGAAUUCCAUAUUGUAUCCGAUUAUUGAACGAAAGUAUUCUGGAUGAAGAUAUCAGUAUUGAUAAUACGAUUCAUAAUGGUUUAAAAUAUGAAAUCUAUUUGAAUAACAUGGACGAAUCAUCAUCAUUUGAAAAUGACAUACUAUUCUACAAUUGCUCGUCGCCAUGGUUUGGACCUCGAUGCAGUUUUGCAUUCGAUCUUGAGAACGAUAGAUCGUUGGAUGAAGUGGUUUUAUUGCAUUUUUAUAAUAAGCCAAUGAUAACCAACGGUUCUAUAAUAACUUGCUAUGAGCAUUUGAAAUGUACAUGGACAUCAUUGUUAUGCUUAGAUUGGCGUGAGAUUUGUGAUCGAAAAAUGGAUUGUCUCGACGGAUCAGAUGAGUUGCAUUGUUGGCAACUUGAAAUAAAUGAGUGUAGUGCUAACGAAUACCGAUGUCAUAAUGGUCAAUGCAUUCCGAAGGAAUUUUUUCACGAUAUUCAGCUGAAUCCUGAUUGUUUAGAUCGAACCGAUGAAUCGAUACGGAACGAUGAUUAUCCUGAUUUUUGCUCAAGAGAUCCUUCGUUUCGAUGCGAAGAACAUACGUGUCGACCAGGAAAAACCGAAUAUCCGUGUGGCGACGGUCAAUGUACCGCGGAAAUGGACACACGAUUUGGAGCUGGGUGUCAAAACGGUCGUCACAAUCCUUUAUUAAACAAUCUCUGUUCGUAUGCUAUGGCUUGCCUAAUGCACAUGGAUGUUCCUUGGUGCGAUGGAUUUUGUACGGAUACGAACUGUACGUUGAAGCAUUGUCCCGAUGUGUAUGAAUUUCCUUUGGGUCCAAUCUUGUUUGGUCAUGUACGUUUGAUGUUCCAAAAUGCCGAAAGAGAAAUUGAGUCAUCUGAAGUUCUCCUACCGAACUAUGUAUGUUAUAACGAAAAUCUUUGUAGAGAUUUUCUUCCAUUUACAGUGCAGUUCAAUGGUUCGACUUGUCGUUACUUUCAUCAACUAGGGUUUGAUGAAACAUCGUAUAGCGAUCCUGAGGACUUGGUAAGAGAUAUCAAAGAGCGAUUUCGUCCUUGCUUGGUCACAUCAAUCUCUGAAACGAACUGUCAUCAUUCAGUAAUGUAUCGAUGUUUCAAUUCAACAAAAUGUAUCUCCAAAUAUCGUCUUGUGGAUGGUAUAAACGAUUGUCCGUUCGAUGAUGAUGAAACAUUCAAUCAAGACUGUUCAUUUGAUGAUAGUCUAUACCGCUUUGAAUGCUUUCGUGAUGGUAAAAGGAAAUGUUUAGCGCCGUUAAUCAUCGGUGAUGGAAAACGAGAUUGUGAACGCGCUGAAGAUGAACGCAAUGAAAAUGAUGGAACCAUCGAAAGUCAUAUUUCUUUUCAAACAAUUUGCGAUGGGAAAACAGAACUCUCGCCUUUGUUGAUCGACGGACGGUAUGAAACGGAUGAAACUCAUUGUGAAGAUUGGCCGUGCAACAAUACGUACACAAGAUGUGAUCGGUUUUGGUUGUGUAAAAAUGGGACCGACGAGAUCAAUUGUCCAUCAUCGCUUUGUCCCGAAAAUCAGUAUGACUGUGUUCUAUUCAAUGAUACAUCGAAAUUAACAUGUAUAUCAGCCAGUAAAAUCAACGAUGGUACUAUUGACUGUCUUGGUGCAUCUGAUGAACGGAAUAUUUGUCUCAGAAAAACUCCUCUGCUUGUUAUGUAUUAUUUUCAUUGUUCAAUCGAUUCGAAAUGCAUUCAUUACAACGGUCUGUGCGAUAGAAAUGCAACUUGUUCGCAAGGUGAUGAUGAAAAAUUCUGUCGAAACUAUGGAUCUCGUAGAAAUCCACUAUGUUCUUCAAAUGUGAUAAAUCGUACUGAUGUCGAAAACUUUCUUUGUCACUCCCUUGACGGUCCCGUGCUACCGAGAAUUGUCUAUUUCAAACUACAGAAUCGACCCAAUUACUUACUGGAAUUAACAGCAGAUAGAGAACCUAGAAAACUACAAAGCGAUUCAUUUGAUGGUUGGCAAUGUAAUCGAGGACUGUCCGUUUACAAACGAAUGAGUAGUAAUCAAUCGGAAUUGCACUGCCUAUGUCCACCUGCUUACUAUGGAGAUCGUUGUCAGUAUCAAAAUCAACGUGUUAGUUUAACAAUUCAAAUCCAAGCUGUAUCUGAUUGGCGAACUACAUUUGUCUUAGUGAUGCGUUUGAUUGAUGAUGAACAAAAGCUGGAGUCGUAUGAUUUUAUAGAAUAUUUACCUAUACGUGAUUGCCAGACGAAAUAUAAUAGUUAUCUACUAUAUUCGUCCCGACCAAAGGACCUGCUGAGAAAUUAUUCAGUGCAAAUCGAUGUUUUCAAUAAAUUAACAUUAACACAUCGAUCGAGUUGGCUUUUUCCAGUGAAAUUUUCCUUUCUACCUGUAUAUCGUCUAUCUGUCUUACUAACAAUUCCGAUUUUUAAUAGCAACCCGCGCCACACAGUUGUUCAUGGCCGUUGCUUUUAUUACAUCAACCAACCGAACUCCACAUUUUGUCUAUGCGAUUUUGGCUGGUCCGGAUCUCACUGUAGUAUCGAACAGAAAUGUUCUUGUGCAAAACCUUCACUCUGUAUCAACGGCUCGAUUUGUGUAUGUCCUCUUGACAGAUAUGGUGCUCGAUGUUACCUUCGUCGAUCACCGUGCAAUUCAUGUUCGAACAAUGGCCAAUGCGUACUCGAUGAUUCACGUUAUAGCUUAUCAAAACAUCGAUCAACAUGCUUGUGUCUGAAAGAAUAUUUUGGAGAUCAUUGUGAACACCGGCAAACUCAAAUUGAUGUGUCAUUCGAUGAUCAUUUACAACUUCCCUUUUCACUCAUUAUUCAUUUGAUUACCGUUCAAAAUCAGGCCAAACACAUUCGAACAAGUCUGAUGAGAAAGAUCGGUAUUAAUCAAGAAUUAAUUUCGUUCUAUACUUCGAUUACCUUCAACAUUGCACUAGCGGAAUUUGAUCAAAAUUACUAUCUGAUUCUCCUUCGAGAUCGAGCAUUCUUCUCAACUAUUCUAUCAGCCAAAAUUCGUCAGUCUCACCGAUGUAAAUCUCUUACUGAACUAUUCAACCAAACCUUUAUUAAUCAACAUUUACUAAAACGUAUCAAAUUCUAUCACAGACCCUGUCAAAACCAACGUGAUCUUAUUUGUUUCUAUGAUUCAGUUCAUAUCUGUUUGUGUGACGUCAAUCGGAAUGCGAAUUGCUUCGAAUUCAAUCAUCAUAUGGCAUACAAUUGUCAUAUCGGUAACCUCUGCGAAAACGAAGGUCUAUGUUAUUACGAUAAUUCAUCGUGUCCAACAACACCGAUUUGCGUUUGUCCGGAUUGCUAUUACGGAUCACGCUGUCAGUUUUCAACAAGAGGGACAAGUUUGUCGUUAGACACAAUCUUAGGAUAUCAUAUUCAACCGUCAGUGAGAAUGAGCCAACAAUCAGCAGCAGUCAAGCUUUCAAUGGGAAUCACAUGCAUCCUGUUCUGCUUCGGUUUAGUUAACAGUUUAUUCUCGUUGUUGACUUUUAGAACGAAACCGUGUCACGACGUUGGCUGUGGUCUCUAUUUGUUCUCAUCGUCCAUCGUUUCGAUGGUAUUAACAAUUGUAUUGGCGAUGAAAUAUGUACACCUUCUCAUAUUACAGAUGAAAUUAAUCGGCAACCGUCGAUUUGAAUAUAUGCAAUGUUUAGUAACUGAUUUUCUCCUUCGAGUGUUGGUCAGUAGCAAUGAUUGGCUAAUUGGCUGCGUUGCAAUCGAACGAUCAUUGAAUAUCUAUAAAGGCGUUCAUUUCAAUAAAAAUCGAAGUAGACAAGUUGCAAAACGGGCGAUUUCAUUGGUUUUCCUAUUGACAGUGUUAACACACAUGCAUGAUCCAUGGCAUCGACAUACAAUUGAUGAUGAAGAGGAUCAGCGAUCAUUGUGUUUGUGCCAGUACUCUCGACCUUUACAAAUAUACGAUUGGAUUAUCAAUAUUAUUCAUUUUGCUUUUCCAUUUCUGAUCAAUUUCAUAUCGGCAUUGAUGAUCAUCAUUAUUUCCGCUCGAAAUCGUUCAAAUAUUCAGAGAAAAAAGCCCCGUAAAACAGUUUUACACGAACAGUUCCAACAACACAAGCAUCUACUUAUUUCGCCCAUAGUUCUGAUUCUAUUAGCUGUUCCUCGUUUGAUUAUUUCUUUCGUAUCGAAAUGUAUGAAAUCUGCUCGCGAACCUUGGCUAUACCUCAUUGGUUAUUACAUUUCAUUCAUUCCAUCAAUGUUAAACUUUGUUAUUUUUGUUUUACCAUCAAACACAUAUAGAACACAGUUCGAUCAUUCAAUCAGAAACCUAUGGCGCUCAUAG